AUGGGAAUAUUUGAAAUGCUUUAUCACUAUCUUUAUCAAAAACUACCUAAAUCAUUAAAAAAAAAAGGUCCAACUUUAUCUACAAAUACUACAAAUGCUACUGAUACUGAAGAAGGACUUGAAGAAAAGAAUUUAGAAUUUGAUAUCAAAGUG